CAAGAAAGAGCCUCAAGACCGUCUAGUUGGUCACGUAUAUUGUCGCGCUCUCCCGGUCUGCUCUGUGUGUUCCUACAACCCCGUAACAUUAUGCCGCCACGACCAUCAUGACGCAGUAUCCGCCGCGGACGAGCAGCUUGCCUGCGAAUAGAGACCAAGUACAUCCGAAUGUCUCGACGUCGACAACGGUCGUAACCAGCGUCGCGCCUGGUGCGGACAUUGCUCGAACAAAGCAAGGCGUCACGAAGCAGACUGAGCAACUACCAACAGUGAAAUCGACACCUGAUUUUCUGUCGGAUAAGGCCACCGCUGCCUUUAUAAGGAGAACGCUUUGUGCAAAUCAUGCUCUGACUAACACAGGUGGUGAGAGAGGAAGAGCCACUCCGCGACCCAUAGAUGAGCUGCUGCCUCCUCUCACCAGUUCCAACGAAGUUGACUUACAGCUCUACGCUAUCUUGGCUGUCAUUCUUAAGGAGUUCGUCUACUCCUGGUACGCGAAAAUCACACCCGAUCAUGUCUUUGUCGAGGAGGUUAUUCGGAUCAUUGCUCACUGCACAAGAGCUUUGGAGCAACGCCUGCGAAAAGUUGACCUCGAGGCAUUAGUCCUGGACGAAUUACCCAAUUUGAUUGAGCUACAUGUCAAGUCGUACCGUGUCGCCCAUGAAGAAGUAGCCUAUCCCUCAUCACUAGCCAACUCUCCACGGGAAGUCUAUCAUGUACUAGUCCCACACCCGGCUUUAUCACCCGUUCCCCGCGAGAGCGAACCAUCCACCGUUCUCGAACAGAUCCGCAACGAAGAGUCAUGGCGGCAACUACUUGUUCACGGUGUUCUGGCUGUGCUGCUUCCCACAGAAGAUUUAGAAAAUGGCUGUCUCAGAGCUCUCGUUGCUGAGAUCUUUAGCGACAUGAUCCUGGGCAACGGGGUCAGUGGCAAGGCCUGUGAGCCAUGGCUCUUGUGGGACGCCAUCACAACCGUCAUCGAAGCGCUGCAGCCGAAGACACUCAAAGCUGUUGAGGAGCCAACGGUCGCAACUAGUCGACUAGAGCAGUUUGGACUGCUGUCUCUAUCCAAGAAACCCACGGCUGGACACCAGGGUCAGGACGGCAAUCGAAGUCAUCUGGGGUCUGCUGCAUCUAAUUCCAUAUCAGGCAUGUUCUGGGCCGUGAUGUCUUUCCUUUUCAUGGCGUCUACUGCGGUCCGUACGCUUGUUUACACCGUUGCGACAUCGUCGUCAUUGCCAACACGGUCUAAGACGUGGUCAUCCAGUCAAUCGCCCAUACACUCUGAGCCUGUGGAUACCUCAUCUGACUCCCCGCCAUCUUACGAUCAAUGUGCCAUUCUGGACAUGAGCGUGUGGACCAUGGUAGCACGCGUCUUCGACUUGGACAUACGCCUACCCUGGCUGUUCGGCCUGUUUUCGCUCUCACAUCAAAUGGCUUUGUAUGGGCCCGGGAGGGUUGGCGACAUGAACGGUGCGUUGGAUAGGUAAGUCUGUGUGAACCAAUCUCUUUGUAGUUCUUCACCUUUCGUAUCUGGUUGGCCAGCGGGAUCUGCCUAGGCUGCCGGGGCUUGCAUUAGUCCCGCAUUCAGUUUCAGUCAAGUGACUUUGGCCGUAGCCCAUCCGGGCAAUCUUCCUUCGUGCAAGGGGCCUUAUCGUGCACACCUCGAUGGCGGCACCCUGGCGCCAUGGGGCAAGGCCAACUGCAAGCCCCCGGCUUCACGGUUGUGCUGACGGAAUCCUGGUGCUCACCGUCCAGUUUUUGCCGAGACAUCGCUAGCCUAUGCUUUCCUGAGCCAUUGCGUAGCUUUUCUUUUGGUGCACUCUCCGUCCGCUGUGACCACAUUGCAAAAGCUUGGGAACAUUUGAGAGAUUGCUGCAUAGCUGCCUGAUGCUGUGGGGUGAUCAUCGGGUUGAGAAAUGAAUCAACCUGCCACAUGCCUCCUCUACGCGCCCGGCUGAUCCCUUUCCGCUCCGUCGGGACUGGCCGCUGUCUGCAACACGGGAGCUUCCCUGUCCGUCCGAAGCGAAUGCUGAAGGUGGCGCCUCAACACGUCGAUGACCGCACCGAGACCAUUGAGAAAAAACAAUCUACACCAUGUUUGCAUUAUGUCAAACUAUCGGACACUGCGGAAAAGGAAUUGUUUAGAAGAUUCGAGUCGAUUAAUCGCAAAAGGCGCUACCAUCCCUGCUGCCAUCAGGUCCUCGUUUGUUGGCUGUGGUUUCGUCCCAGCAAGCUGGGUUCGACGCUCAGUCUCCAGCCAGCCAUGUCAAACAUCCACCAGAAACAUCUGCAGUGCGACGCACAAUAUCGCUCCUUGUGAGUUUCCGACUCAUGUAGGCGCCUUCUUGGACGUCGCUGCAUUAGCUUCAUGCACAAUAUUGUCCGCAACAAUGUGGACGCCUCCUCCAACUCUUCGAGUUUGCAACUAGCAGACCUUUCUGCAUAAAUGUUUUGCAUGCAAGAUUGGACGAAGAGCAAGACAAUGCACCCGUAGACCUCCGCGCUGGGUCACCCCCUCAUUCUGCAGCGGUUCUGCACAUGCUCAUUUGACAUGUUUCUGCUGGCGGAUUCUUUUCCCUUCGGCUAACUGCAGACAUCUCACAUCACCUGGUCUCUGCCCUACAGUGACGGCCCACCAGUGCCAUGUGCAUCUAUGCUUUGAGUCGGAAGGAUUUUGAAGCAAUUUCGUGCUGUAGAACUUCCUUUACACGUUCUUUAACGAUCAUGCGCAUUAAAGGCAUUUUUUUUUCUCCGGCUCACACGCGAUUUAGUUUUGACUGAUCAUGACCUUGCUCCAUCGAAUUGACCAGGUUGCGCAAUGGCGGAAGGAAGCAUUUGCUCUGAAGUUCUCGCUAGCCUAGGUGCAUGAUAUCAGGAAGCUGCUCUCUACCUCCACUGUAUCUUGUAGUGCAUGCCACUCCUAGAUCCCGCCGCAUGACCUUGACUCAGAUCACUCCUUCUUCGUAAUUACUCACACAUUGACUUUUUUCUUUAUUCAGUGUCCGGGCCGUUGUUUGCCUGCAUCUUUACUGGGUCUAUCCUAGGCUAGACCAUCUCGCUAACGCCUCAUGUUUUCUUUAUGCAGAUGGUUGUCAAGCAAAGUGCAUGAGCACAUUUUGAACCCGGCGUAUAUCCCACGACUACUGAAAAUUGUACGCGCCACUCUUUUUCCGAACAAUGCACCUGGUCCGCCCAGACGAAUCCCCGAUGCGACAGAGGUUGUUGCAAUUAAACGACGCUGUGCAGAGACGAUUACAAGUGCCUUUCCAAAUUGGAUUCUUUUUCGGUAUUUUGGAAUAAGCAAGUCUAGCGGACAUGCAGCAUUGACUGAAGAGAUUGAAAACACGCUUGAUGUACUUGGAGAUGUCUAUUUGAAUAAGCAUCUGAUCUUUAAUAUGAUCGAGCUGAUCAUUGUAAGACUGUUACCUGAGUUGGGCGAGAAAGAUGUAAAUGGGCUGAUGAGGGAAAGAAUCGGUGAAGAGAAAGACUGACCGCUUUAUUAGCGAAAAUUCAUGCAAAUAAGCACCGAAAUUACUCAAAAACUGCUGUUGAUAUGUACACAAAGUCGUAGCAUUUCUCUUUUCGAAGCGCUGAAAAGACCCCAUUGGUCUUGCCCUUGAAGGCGCAGGCUUGUCUAUAGAGAUUCUGCUUUGGGGUCGUGAGUAUAAACAGGCAGAAGACCCCCACAACGCCUAGAAUAGCGAAAGGACAGCAAGCAGAAGAUGAGAAAAGUGCUGGAAAUUGCCGACCUCCUACGAGAGUUGGCACCACCGAAAAGCGUCUCCCUGCGCAUAUGCCUCCCUG